AUGCCCGUGGCAAUGUUUCGGGUCCUGGGAAACGCUCGAGAACUUUGUUGUGUGGACUCCCCAAAGGUGGACUCCCAAUGGGGUCCCCCCAAGGCGAUCAAAUUGAGUCUCGAGUCCGUGGCCGCAAAGGCAUCGAUAGAGCCGUCGGGCAGCGGGGAGCUGCUCCCAAAAUUGCAAGUCACUCGCGACGGAGCCGUCCACAAAAUUCAAGCAACUAAACGGAAAAUAAUAUACAAUAAGCGCCGCAACAUUGCUCCGUCGGCUGCAGCAAUUUUCCCUCUAAAGCUGGAGCCUGCCCAGACGGCCAGACAGGUGCCGCCCGUGAAGGAGGAAGAGCUAAAGUCGUUUGCGGUUGACUUUGAUAACAAGGAUGAAGCGCCAGCUGUGGGGCCUUUAGCACCCCCAAUGCGGUGUCGUUCGGCGACGCCACCACCGCUGACCAGCAGACAAAGCAGAUGCCCAAUCUUGAUGAUGCCGAUCGCCAGUCGUGCGGGCGGCACAGGAGCCACCAAAUCGAGCUGUAGGAUCGCUCUGGAAGGAGAUGGACACCCAGCUGAAGACGGAAAUAUUGCCGGACAGUCCGGAGCAGAAGGCUCUGGUCACACAGAUCAUCUUUUGCUUUUCCGUGACUGCGAUCGUGAGUGGACUCGCAGCAAAUGUACUCAUGCAGAAUGAAUACGUGGCGGAAGGGCGCAAGGAUCCACUAAAUGACUGAGAAACCUAUUUUGGAAUAAAAAAUAAAUGAUCAAGAA